AUGCCUUCCACAGUCCCCUAUACCUCCUGGAUAACCUCCCAAGCAGCUCCCUCGAGCAUCACACUCUUCGACAUCCAGCUCCGUAACCCGGAAAUCGUCCUCAACGCGCAUCCCCAUCGCCACGCCAAAGCAGGCGCGCAGCUGGAUGGAUAUGUACGCUUGCACCUGAAGACCGCGUUGAGCAUGGUCGCGGCGAUAAAACUGAGGUUCGUUGCGGGCGCGGUGGCGAAGCUGGAUGAAGUCGAGUUCAACGUCAACCUCCGCGGCCCGCAGAAGCUCAUCGACCGCACCAUCACCCUCUAUUCCCACUCCGAUGCCUCACCAACCCUCACACCCCGCAACCACACCUUCCACUUCGGCCUCCAGAUCCCUUCCCACAUGCCGCCGUCGACAUCAACCCCACGCGCGUUGAUCCAGUACGUUGUGCUCGCGGCCAUCGAGUGGCGGAGUGCGACGGUGUGUGGGGUGCGCGUCCCGUUUUGGACGUGGGAGGAUGUUGUGACCAAACGGGAGGUGCAGGUGCGGAGGGGGCCGGGGAGGGUGGAGAUGGGGCGGGUUGGGGGCUUGGAGUUUCUGGAAGGGGAUGGGGAUGGGGAUGGAGAGGGACAGACGGUGUGGAUGCCCACGGCGGACGUCAAAGUGGUCAUCCCGACCCGGAUCCCGAUCUCCGCGGAACGUGUACCGGUGACGAUCGAGUGUGCGGCGGAGGUGGCGGUGGAGCGGUUUACGUGGUCGUUGAGGCAGGAGUCGCGGUUUGAGUUCUUGUAUAACCUGGCAGUAAGAGGCCAUCUCCGCCCACCAUGGGGCGCCUCGGAACCCAAACAGCUUGAGGAGAUUGAGGUCCUGCAUGAGCUGUUCACGUAUACCCCAUCUGGCGGGGAUACCGAACAAGAACGUCAUACGCUGAAGGUCCCGUUUCUGGGCGAUGAUCUGGAUCGUGACGUGGUGGCCGUCGAGAACAUCGAGACAGAGGUAAUAACAAUCCGCCACUACGCCCACCUCACCCUCACCCACCGCCCCCCCAACUCUUCUUCACAUACAACACAAAUCGACAUCCCCAUCCUAUUCUAUCAACCCUCCACACUCCGUUCAUCCCAUGACGACACAGAAGACUUGUAUGAUGGGGGCGAGGCGAAACCGACGGCGGAAUGCUUCCUCCCCCCGGGUGCGGAGGCGUGUGUGGGGAAUGAGCCGGGGGAGAGGUUAGGGGACGGGGAGGGAGUAAGGAGGCGGAGGGGGUGA